UCCAACUAGCAGGAGCUAGCUUGUCAGUCGAGACAGUAGUCGGCGAAUUCACAUUAACUGCCUCAACAGUGGCUAUUAUUUGCACAGAGAAAAGGCGAACGUCAUAUCGUUGAGCACCUGAAAUGCCACGUCUGAUGUUUUAUCGAAGUUAAUGUGGUAAAAGAAAGGCGACUUUAGUAAACGAGCGAGCAAACGGCAGCUAACAUCACCGGUGGUGGUAACGUUAACUCUCAUUGUUAUGACUAGUUGAGCUAGCUGGCUAGCUGUCUGUCAAAACAUAAUCUGACAAUAUCAUUUGGCAGGUAUUUGUUGGAUUAAAACACAACAGACAACAGCGUUUACUUUGGAGCAGUUUGUGAACUAACUUAUCCACUCCUCAGCUAUGGAAGAACUGAUAAAACAUGAUGGAACUACCUGUACACACAUGUUCUGAGUGUCAUCACACUAGGACGUGGCUCUGUUUCAGUCCUCAAAACAAGGAGCCAUAAACUCAAUGCAUUGGAUUAAGUUGCCUUCUCUCCAGGAACUGCAAAUUGCACUCAUAAAGAGACACUAAAAGGAAAGACAUGUUUGCCAAGUUGAAGAAGAAGAUUGCUGAAGAAGCGGCCACGGCACCAAGGACUGGCGUUCGUAUACCACGCACCAUCAGCAAGGAAUCCAUCACCUCAGUGGGCGCAGACUCAGGGGAUGACUUUGCAUCCGAUGGCAGCAGCUCCAGGGACGACCUGCCAGCCCAGCUGCUCAGGAGGAACGAUCAGAUACGGAAGCUGGAGGCCAAGCUAUCAGACUACGCUGAGCAGCUACGAAUUAUGCAGAAGACCAAGGACAAGCUUGAAAUUGCAUUAGAAAAGCAUCAGGAUUUGUCGAUAAAGAAACUGCAAGACCAGAAUGAGUCCCACCAGGCCAGCAGGGCCAAAUUAGCUGAAGGGAUGGCUUUAGCUCUGGAGAAGAAGGAUCAGGAAUGGAUGGAAAAAAUAGCUGCUGUUGAAAAGGAGAAGGCCGCCAUGUCAGCGCGACUAGAAGAGAUGAUGGAGCAAAGCUUAGCACUCUUCCAGAAAAGAGAUGACCUGGAUGAACUGGAGGGCUUUCAGCAGCAGGAGCUCGCUAAAGUUAAACACAUGCUGCUAAAGAAAGAGGAGCUGCUGAGCCAGCGAGAGCAGGAGCUCCAACAGAAGGAGGCUGAAGUUCAGUCAGCAAAGCGAGGACUGUCAGAGACUCGCGGGAAACUCCGAUCCCUGGAAAAGAAGCACGAGGAGAGCAGUCGACUGAACUCGGAGUUUGAAAUAGAGCGAGAAGAACUGCUGCUGCUCCGAGAGGAGGCAGACAAGAAGGUCAGUGAGCUGGAUGGACGAUGCCAAGAGUUGCAGUCAGUUAUCCAGCAGGUCUCUGAAGACUUCCAGAAGUCUCAAAGUAUGGUGUCGACUUUAGAGCUGUCCCUCCUGGAUGUUCAAACUGAACAUGACGCCCUGAAGUUGCAACAGCAAAAGGCUGCUGUCAUGGAGGAGGACAAAGAACGCUUGGUGGUGGAUCUUCAAAAGAAAGUGACGUCUCUGGAAAGACGGCUGCAGGGGAACCUGAGUCAGGACGAACACCUACAAGAGCUUCUGCAGGAGAAAUCCAGCCUGGAGCAAAGCCUGGAAGAAACCAGAGCAGAGCUGCUAGUGGCGAGGACGAAUCACGCUGAUACGGUCAGCGCCCUGGAGACACAGGUUUCAAAGAUGAGCUGCAGCAUCACAGAGCUACAGACUCUCCUCCGACACAAAGAUGAGUCCUCGAGAGCCUACAGAGAACGAACGGACACACAGAUAGCAAAUUUGGAGCAGCAAGUUUCAGACUGCAGUGAGAGACUGGAGAGUGCAGAGCAGCAGAUAACAGAGAAACAGCAGCACAUGGAGAAAAUGGAAGGAGAGUGGAGUGCAGAGAAAGCCUUUCUAGAUCAGCAGAUGUGUUUGUUGGAGCAGCAGAGUGAGGAAAAGGUCAGCCGGCUGGAGGAAAACAUCACCUCUUUACAGACAGAGAGACAGAUGCUGCAGGACAGGCUGGCUGAUCUGGACAAACAGAAGGACGAGGCAAACUCAAAUCUAAGGCAGCAGACUGAGGAGCUGGACCAGUGCAGGGUGGAGCUGAUCAGCCGGCAGACAGUGAGCACAGAAAUUGCCAAAGCUCUAGAGGACAGCAGAAGACAGAAAGAGGAUCUGCAAACACAGGUUGGAGAGCUGACCUCAUCUCUGCAGACGUCACAGCAGGAGCUCUCCUCCGUCAGUGAGAAGCUAGAAAUGAGAGAGAAAACCAUCAAAAAACUCCAGGAUGAGGUGCAGCAUCGGCAAGAAUCCCUGAUCCAGCUGCAGGAGGAGCUGGAGCAGCAGCGAACCCAGCUGAAGCAGCUGGAGCUGGACAAAGAUUCCCAGCUGACCAGCCUGAAGGAGGAGCUGCUCAGUCAGACACAGCAACUCGAUGGCUGCCAGGCACGGAUCUCAUACUUGGAGGUAGAGGUGGAGACUCUCACAGAGCAGCUAAACACACCAGAAGUGUGUGAGGAGGAUCAGAACGGCAGCGUGACGGUGGACGACUUGGAUCAGCUUCAGAAGGUCAACAGAGAGCUGGAGCAGCAGCUCAGUGACAAGAACAGGACCAUCAAGCAGCUGCAACAGAGACUGGCAGAACUGAAGAGGACGCUGCAAAAAGAACUGAAGCUGAAGCCUGAGCCAGAAGCAGAAGUAAAAGAGAAGCUACCAGAGUGUAAAGUAGAAAAACAAGAGAGGGUUUGUCUGGACCCUCCACCAGCAUCAUCCCCAAGCCCCCCGACCUCCAACACCACAGUGACCAACACGUCAGACCUCAACGACUCACGGGAAAUCAACUUUGAGUAUCUGAAACACGUGGUCCUCAAGUUUAUGUCAUCCAGGGAGGCUGAGGCGUUCCAGCUGAUUCGAGCUGUUUCUGUGCUGCUGAACUUCACUCGUGAGGAAGAGGACAUGUUGAAACAAACUCUGGAGUACAAGAUGUCCUGGUUUGGAUCCAAACCUUCUCCAAAGGGUAUCAUCCGACCUUCAGUCUCAGGCUCUUUCACUCACUGGAGCUGAUGAGCAGCUCAAAGAGCUCAAGUGAUGGAGAGGAAGGAUCUCUGGACCACCACCAGAAGUCCUUGGGCUAUGGCUCCCAUCACUGAGCAGGACUCUAGCUUUAAACUUUUAACAGGCCUCCACAGUUUACCGUGACCCUGUGUGGGAGGGACUGUGGUUUUCUGCUCCCUGGAGAUGGAGAAGGACUGCACACAAUGGGAAAUGGGGAUAAAGGCCCAUUCAUAAUCAGCUGUGGGUUUUAAAUUGAAAAUGUUUCUCUUUAAUAGUGAAGGUGGAUGGACUUGUAACCACAUGGUAAAGACGGUUAAAGAGUUAUAAGUGUCUCAAUGAUCAUUUUCUUCCUGGACCUAAGACAAAGAUCAGAUGUUCAGUCGUCCAAAAACAACAAGAAAAAAGGACUUCAGUUUUAUUCAAGGAACAGCCUCAUUUCUAUUCAUAACAUAGUCCCAUUUGCUUUUCUAAUAACUGAAACAUAUAUUAUUUAGACCCUGUUUACACCUUGCACUAAUAUCUAUGCUGGGGAUCAACUGGUAUUCCUUAAUGCUAGGUGUGAACACACCCUAGGUUGACGUCAGUGUCUUAUUUAUGCUCAUCCUGUCUUGCUGGUCACUCAUCUUGAAUUGGACACAAGGUUAAUUUAAAAAAUAGUAUAACACUGUUUACUUUGUACUUGUGACAAAAUGAAGGAGAAAAGCUGUUAAAAAAGCACUACUAGCCUCUUACCAAUUCAUUAUCAUUGUAAUAAGCCUUACUGCAAGUAGCAUGCAGGGAUCUAGCCAUGAGCUAAGGGGCAGGGAUGUGAUGGUAUCAGAAUCUCACAUUUCGGUAUUACCUCGAUAACAAGUCCACAGUAUGGUAUUUAUCACGGUGCUGUAAGAGAGUUUCUAAAAUCUUCUCCCUGGAGGGAAAUUUCCAAAAGUUUUCAGUGACCUAAAACCCCAUUAGCAUGUCAGCUUGGCCUGUGAUCGCCCAACACGGAUGUUAAUGCAAAAUAUAAACAGGGUCUUAUUCUGACAGUCAUCACUGGACAAAUAUUAUUGCCUUUAACAGACAAAGGACCUGUUAGUUUUAUUAAAAUACAAUUAUAAACAUCUAAAGGCUGUUAAAUGAAAGUAUGCUCAUUAGACAUAGAUACCACACGUGUGUCAAAAAAGUCUCAAUUUGUUUUGAUUUGUUAAAAACUUUAGAGUUUUUUUUUUCUGAAUUUGUCAGAAAAGAGCCAUUUAUCUCCGUAUUUCUAGGAAAGAAAAAUAUAUAUAGCCAAGUCACUUUAAAAAAAAUGCCACUAGUGAAAAACAAAAAAAAAAGCUUUUCUAAAGAUCAUAGGAAUCCAUGGUGGAUCAUCCCCAAACUGUGCCAUGGUUGAUGAGGAUUUAUUGAAUUUGUUAAAAUUGAAAUGAUCAAAUAAGUCAGUUGUUGAUGUAAUUUAGGCAAACUCCUCUCUUACAAAAGCUACAAAUUCAUCAUGUUUCCUCAUAUUGCAUUACUAAAAUUAUCUUGUGAGCUUUGAGGUUAAUAUUAUUGGUAUGAAUUGUGAUUUUACAUACAUUCUUACCAAUAUUUUAGGGACAGGUGUCCUAAUUAAUGAAAAUAGUGGCCUAGACACCUUGCGGACAAAUCAUUUAAAACUGAAGAAAGCUUCCUGUCAGCACCCUCUGGUGGACUAACGCAGAAAGAGCAUUACAAUUUCUGACUGAUACUUUCAAAUGAUACUUGGAGACUAAAAAUUAGCCUGGCUAUGGUUUAACAGCACAUUGAGAAAAGGAAUGAAACCCUUCCUGCUUGGCCAUUUGACUGUUAAAAAAAUGACCAUGAACUAAAGCCUUUAGGAGUCCUCACUUCCUGUCAUCGUGGCGUUGAAAUAAACAGAGAUCUGUCCAGUAGACCUAAUAAAUACGUAGAGGAAGUGCUUCUGUGAGAGCUCAGUUCAUGGUUUAAAAUGUCUUUUUUUUUACAACCGUUGCAAUUUCUCAUCUGUUUUAGUUCCUUUGACACCUUUGAGAAUGGUUUUAGACUGUAUUUGCCCAUUUGGAAAUCAAUAACAACAAUGUGAAGAUAUAAGUGAACUGUGGAGGACGUGCUCUACCUUUACCUGCCUUUGCUAAUGUAAAUUAAAGUACAUUCCACAUGUCUAUUUAUACAUAGAAGUAUGUACAUACUGUAUGCUUUGAGAACUUUAUAAAUCAGUGGAUGUAAAUGGUUUGAUGUGACCAGUUUGCAGUAUUUAUCAUCUUCAUAGUACAUGACCCCUACAUGUUUCUGCCUCAGCGUGUUGCUCGUUUGUCCCACUGUCUUUCCCCCUCAGUGUGAUGAGUUUCUACAUACUUGAUGAUGUUAAGUUUACAUCAGUGGGAAGCCCAAGGAUUCUGCAUGCCUGAUAUCAAACUGUUUUUAAAUUUCAAAAGCAACUGGUUAUUUUAUUUUAUUUUGGUUUUUACAAUUUUAUGUUGCAGAAACUGUUGGAUUCUGAAUUUUUAUGUAUUCCAGAAAUCUACAUACAAAGGUAAACACAUAUGCUGACUGCAUAACAUUAGCAGUCACAAAAAACAACCCACAUUUAAGAUGUGAUCAUGUCAUCUGCAGAAAACAGCGUUAGUGUGUCAGGAUGCAGGAGUACAUCUUUAAAAGCAGAGCUCAUCAUUUUUUGUGUCACUGAUAGUAGCAGAACGAUGGAGUUGACAGGAGUUUGUUGGGGAAUAUACAAUCUCAGUGAUAAACAAGAUAUUGAUUAAUGCACUUUUCAACCUUCUUAAUUCUUCUGAAACAUUUCUGUGCAAUCACUACAGAUUGAUUUGCUGUUUGGAUUUUGCUUCCUGCAAGUACAAAUGCUUCAUUGUCCUUCAUCUAUUGAUAAUAAAUUAAUCAUAAAGUCA